ACAUUAAUUCUAGCCAAGAGAGGAAGCACGGCUCCCUUUUAUUAUCCUGCAUACAAAUCGCCAGUGAAAAUCCCACACAGGGAAAGAAACGCAUUCCUUGCUGCAGGGUUACAGUCAGAUGAUUAUUUGGAUAUUUAUUUUUUCAUUGGAAAAGUAUUGAUUUGGUUCAGAAGGACUUAAAUGUAAGUGUGGUAAAUGUAUUGCUUGUGGAUCGUCUUGGGUCGCGAGGCUCGUCUGGAGUGUUAUUCAGCCAUCUGUACAUUGGCCAGGUGUUAAGUCAUUUUGAAGAUAAAUGGUUUUAUUGAUGGGACACAUCUAACUGCUAAUCAAAGUCAAAACCGUUUUUCGUUAUGAGAAUAUGAGAAUAUGCAACGGAGCAAGCGUACAUAAACAGAACAAGUUGAAGAUUUUUUCGAGCAAAUCUGAAGACCUUAGCACCAAAUUCCAUGCGAUUAAUGUAGUAUUUAUAUUCAACUUAGACAUUUUGACCGAUUCUUCAAAAUGUAAGCACUCUACUGUUAUGGUUAUGAGCUAUGCUUUCUUUGAACAUAUGUAGCUGUAGUUGUUUGUUAAACUGCAGAUAUCAAAUUGAUCAAAUGGAAAGACCUAAUUAUGCUAAUUAAUAGAUAACACCGUAAUGUCUGUAUGUGCAGCUACAUGGAAUACACUAAAACAAAAAGUGUUAACUUAAUUAGAAAGCAUAAAUGGGUUUAUAAACUUCUUUACCGUGGAUUGUAUGCAACAGCACCGCAGUGGUGUGUAACUAUCGUCUCAUUUUCAAAGUUACUUCUGAAUAUCAUGUACAGACUGCUGCUAAAUAUUACCUUGGAUAAAAUGGGUUUAAUACAUGUUGUUACAUGUUAAGUCUGCUGCGAGUGAUGGGCACAAUGUUCGUAGACGUUCUUCUGUUGGAUGUUAAUCCUAUAAAAAAUAUAUAUAAAAGCCAAAGCUUUGUAAACUAGACUAAACAGAAGUGUUUUGCUUAUUUAAAAUGAGACGCGAAUAUUUCUCGAAAAGAGACAACAUUUUGCGGCAGUUUUUAAAAUUAAACUCCUGGAGAAAGGACUUUUAUGAAUUUGAUCUAUGUCAGAUUUAUUCAAUCUGACCAUCCUCAAAUCCAUGGAUACAAGUGCCCUUGGUUUCAGAAUGGAAAAUAAAAAAGCAACACGUAUAUUUACAUAGAUUUGUUUUUUUGUUUUUUAUUUUAAUUAAAGCAGUACUCGGAAACUAUUGCAAACAAUGGAAUUAUCUGAAGUUAAAUGCUCAAGUGCAAACGACGAGCUGUAUGUCAUUAACAAAACCCCGAUCAGUAACAGCAGCACAAGACCCAAAAGACUUCUUUGGCAAAAUGCUGUCAGGCACAUUACAGAGCAACGAUUUAUACACGAACAAAGCAGCACCAAAACCACAACUUCGGACGACUCCUACAGCCAAAGCAUUAGAAAGCAGUCUGCAAGCAAAACAUCAAUAGGGGACAGACAUAACAAUGGUGGGACCAAGGUAUUCCCGGAAAGGGCAAGUAGUGAUUUGGGCUUCCUGCAGCUAGACUGUGCCCCGAGUAACUCGGACUUCUUCCUUAACUGGGGAUACACCUACAGAGGGGUCAUCUUCCCAACGUUGAGAAACUCUUUUAAAUCCAGGGACCUAGAGAGGCUCUACCAGCGUUACUUCUUGGGACAGAGACGUAAAUCAGUUGUAGUCAUGAACAUCCUGGACGUGCUUACCAAGCUCACCCUACUGGUUCUUCACCUUACCUUGGCUUCUGCCACAAUGGACCCAAUAAAAGGGAUUUUACUGGGCUUCUUCACAGGCAUUGAGGUGCUGAUAUGUGCCUUAGUGGUGGUUAGGAAGGACACGACCUCUCACAGCUACUUGCAAUACAGCGGUGUGGUGACUUGGGGGACUAUGGCCACUCAGAUUUUGGCAUCAAGGCUUGGGUAUGGCCUCCUUGGGGAUGGUAUCGGUUACGUGCUCUUCACUCUCUUUGCCACUUACAGUAUGCUUCCAUUGCCACUGACGUGGGCUAUACUCGCUGGAUUGGUGACCUCUAUUCUUCAUAUUGUGGUGCAACUGUUUAUCCCCCAAAACGCAAUGAUUUUUACAAACCAGCUGGUUGCCCAGGCGGUACUAUUCAUGUGUAUGAAUACAGCUGGACUGUUCAUCAGUUACCUGUCGGACAGAGCGCAACGCCAAGCUUUCCUUGAGACCAGGAGGUGUAUAGAGGCACGUCUGAGACUGGAGACUGAAAAUCAGAGACAGGAGAGGCUGGUUCUAUCUGUAUUACCUCGAUUUGUAGUUCUGGAGAUGAUCAAUGACAUGGCUAAUGUGGAAGAUGAGCAUCUGCAGCACCAGUUUCACAAAAUCUACAUUCACCGCUAUGAGAAUGUCAGCAUUCUUUUUGCAGAUGUGAAAGGGUUCACCAACCUCUCCACCACCUUAUCUGCGCAAGAGCUGGUCAGGAUGUUAAAUGAACUGUUUGCAAGAUUUGAUCGACUUGCACACGAACAUCACUGCUUAAGAAUAAAGAUCCUUGGCGAUUGCUACUACUGUGUGUCUGGACUGCCUGAGCCACGACAAGAUCAUGCUCACUGCUGUGUCGAAAUGGGACUAAGCAUGAUCAAAACAAUCAGAUAUGUAAGGUCACGCACGAAGCACGACAUUGACAUGAGGAUUGGGAUCCACUCUGGCUCUGUGCUGUGCGGGGUGCUGGGUCUGCGGAAAUGGCAGUUUGAUGUCUGGUCCUGGGAUGUAGACAUUGCAAAUAAACUUGAAUCAGGUGGAAUACCAGGGAGAAUUCAUAUCUCAAAAGCUGCCCUGGAUUGUCUAAACGGGGACUAUGAAGUGGAAGAAGGGCAUGGCAAGGAAAGGAAUGAAUUCUUAAGGAAACACAAUAUCGAAACAUAUCUAAUAAAGCAGCCUGAAGAGAGUCUUCUGACCUUACCAGAAGACAUUAUGAAGGAGUCAAUUAGCUCUUCAGACAGACGAAACAGCAGUACCACCUUUACUGAAGGAUCUUGGAGCCCUGAACUUCCUUUUGAUAACAUUGUGGGAAAGCAGAAUACUCUGGCUGCCCUCACAAGAAAUUCAAUAAAUCUGCUUCCAAACCAUCUUGCGCAAGCUUUGCAUGUCCAGUCUGGUCCUGAGGAAAUUAACAAGCGCAUAGAGCAUGCCAUCGACUUACGGAGUGGCGAUAAAUUGAGAAGAGAGCAUAUCAAGCCUUUCUCACUGAUGUUUAAAGACUCCAACCUGGAAGAGAAGUAUUCUCAGAUGAGGGAUGAAGUGUUCAAGUCAAACCUGGUCUGUGCUUAUAUAGUUCUCAUAUUUAUCACGACUAUCCAGAGUUUACUUCCUUCGUCAAGGAUGAUAACAAUGGUGAUACAGUUUUCUAUUCUCAUCAUGCUGCAUUCUGCCCUUGUGCUAAUAACCACCGCAGAGGAUUACAAAUGUUUGCCGUUGGUGCUCCGCAAAACCUGCUGCUGGAUUAAUGAGACCUACUUAGCCAGGAAUGUCAUCAUCUUCGCAUCCAUUCUCAUAAAUUUCCUUGGAGCCGUGAUAAAUAUUCUAUGGUGUGAUUUUGACAAAUCAACCACCUUUAGAAACCAGACUUUCAAUGCAUCUGCUUCAAUUCCAGAUAUCUGCUUCUACCCAGAGUACUUUGUCUUCACUGGUAUCCUGGCUAUGGUGACUUGUGCUGUGUUUCUUCGCCUCAACUCAGUCCUGAAGCUAGCAGUACUACUUAUUAUGAUAACCAUCUAUUCACUGCUGACCGAGACUAUUUACACCUCACUCUUUGUGCGCUAUGACAGCUUCCACCACAAUGCUGACAAAGACUUUCUGGGUACCAAGGAGACAUCCCUGCUGUUGAUGGGAAUGUUUCUGUUAGCAGUGUUUUAUCAUGGCCAACAGCUGGAAUACACAGCCCGCCUAGACUUCCUCUGGCGUGUGCAGGCCAAAGAGGAAAUCAAUGAAAUGAAGGAGCUACGAGAACAUAACGAGAACAUGCUCCGGAACAUUCUGCCCAGUCACGUUGCUCGGCACUUCCUGGAGAAGGAUAGAGACAAUGAGGAACUGUACUCUCAGUCGUACGAUGCAGUUGGAGUGAUGUUUGCAUCAAUCCCAGGAUUUGCUGACUUUUACUCCCAAACUGAGAUGAAUAACCAAGGAGUGGAAUGUUUACGUCUUCUCAAUGAAAUCAUCGCUGACUUUGAUGAGUUACUUGGUGAAGAACGAUUUCAAGAUAUUGAAAAAAUUAAAACUAUCGGGAGCACCUACAUGGCUGUGUCAGGACUGUCACCUGAAAAACAGCAAUGUGAAGAUAAAUGGGGCCAUCUUUGUGCUUUGGCAGACUUUACCAUAGCCCUUAAUGAAAGUAUACAAGAGAUAAACAAACACUCCUUUAAUAACUUUGAACUGCGGAUAGGCAUUGCCCAUGGCUCUGUAGUCGCUGGAGUAAUAGGUGCUAAGAAACCCCAGUAUGACAUCUGGGGCAAGACGGUAAACUUGGCCAGUCGAAUGGACAGCACAGGCAUCAGUGGCAAAAUACAAGUGCCUGAAGAAACUUACCUAAUCCUGAAGGAGCGUGGCUUUGCCUUUGAGUACCGGGGGGAUAUCUACGUUAAAGGUAUAAGCGAACAAGAAGGAAAGCUCAAGACCUACUUCCUACUGGGAAGAGUUCAGCCAAACCCACUAAUCAUGCAGCCCAGAAAACUGACUGGCCAAUAUUCCUUAGCAGCCGUUGUUCUAGGGCUUGUACAGUCUCUUAACAGGCAAAAACAGAAGCAGAUUCUUAAUGAGAACAACAAUUCCGGUAUCAUGAAGGGACACUAUAACAGGAGGACAUUGCUAACAUCUGGAGGACCUGAAACUGUCACCCAGGCCGAAGCUGCUGACAAAACUGAAUUGCCAUAAUUAUAUUAUUUUAUUUGUGUUGAUGUCUUUUUGUAUUUCUUUUAUAUAUAAAAUAAUAAAAAGGGGGUUAGUUUUUUUAUAACUGGUUUCAGCCUAUUGUCAUUUAGAAGUUUGUCUAUUUUUUUUUAAGUGAACUAUGAGGGCACUUUUACAAUGAAUACCUUUGCUGUUGGGGCUUACCUCAUUCUUACUGAGCAAACUUAAACUAGUCACAAUUUAAGAGUGGGUUUCUAAAAUGGUGGUCAAAAAUUGGUCUAAUGAGAUAAGGCUUGCAUCAUACACAGAAUAUACUAUUAUAAUGUCACUCAAAAGGGUUAUAAAAGGUUUAGUCAUUGUGUUUCUAGCAACGAAAGACAGGUACGAUUUCCAAAGCGCACUAAGUCCUUUCCUGAUUCUGCAAAAGGCACUCAGUCCACUGAGUUGUGUUCUUUCAAAUGGCUGCCAUCAUAGGGGGAGCUUGAGAGCUGCUGGAGGAUUUUAUAUUACCAAUAAAUGAAAGUAAAAUGGACAGGAAGAAACCCUGUGAUUCUAGUAACUGCUGGAAGAAUAGAGAGAGAUAUGUGAAAUGCAAGUAGCACAAUGAUAGCAGAUUGCCUGACUCACUUGAUAUUAGUGAGUUGAAGGUUUAAAACCACUGUAAAGUUAAAUCUGAGGACUUAGUCACUUCAUAAAACACAAAUAAUAAUUUCUACAUUUAAAAACACACAUUUUAAGUUAUUUUUAGCAGAUAUAAGCUGUGCUAGGUACUACUUCGAGAUUGCAGCAUUAAUUUCCUGGGUUCUUAACAUCGGCUAUACUGUAGUUAGAGGCUAAACUCAUGACAGUGUUAAUGUACAACUAUCUUUAUUGAUAGCAUAACUUGAGUGCCCAGACAUUUUUCGGCACCUGACCUUAACCGUGAGUAGGGGGGAGCAAGGAAAAAAGAAUGGUUAUGUCAUGACAGCAUACAUUUUAAAACAGCCAAGUAAAUGUAAAAGAAAAACAAGAAAGUUAACUUUAUAGCCCUUUAUUUAUAGCACUUCCUUUUUAGAGUUUUUUUUUUAUUUUUAUUGUGCACUUUUAAUACUGACUGAAAAUAUGUUCACUUGCUGUAUAUACCAUUUUGAACACUUCAUAUACAUAUACUGUAUAUGUGUUUCAUAUAUUAUAUAAUUUAAUAAUUUCUUAACUACGUACAAAGUCCUCAGUCUUGGAUUUGGUGCCUAAAUUUGCAAAAGCCACCAAGUCCUGGACUGAGGAUGUUUUGUGAAACCCAUACAUUUUAGCUGCUUAUUUCUGUACCAUCACAAAAUGUGUUAUUGAGUGUUCAACAUAUAAUUGAUCUGACUGAUGUGAAUACAUUCUUCUGGAUUAAAGUUUUG